ACCAUUGAAAAGUCCACACCAACCAGGCAUAAUAUAUGCGUGUGUUUAUUACCAUCACCAUAUUGUGCUGGAUAAUCAUCCUUUGCAAGAAAUGGCAGAAACUCGGCAUUUUCAACUACCCAUCGUAGCUCAAGAAGCUAAGGAAGAAAAUGGAAAUGCCACCAACCAAGUAAUAACAGAGUUGGGAUCUGUGAAAUACAAGCGCUGGAUUUGCAUAUUGCUCUGUAUAAUCUUUCUCCUCUGCGGCCAAUCAGUAGCCGCAUUGCUGGGAAGACUUUACUUUGACAAAGGUGGAAAAAGCAAAUGGCUAUCAACACUAAUUCAAUUUGCAGGUUUCCCUAUUCUAGUCCCUUUCUAUUGCAUUUCUCGGCCCAAAAUGCUCACUGCAAAUCAUUGUAGCAUUGGAAGUAAUAAACAACCAUCAAUUAUGAUGCUGGGUUUGGUCUAUGUAACCUUCGGCUUGAUGUCAGCUGGAAUUGGCUUUCUUUAUUCAGUUGGCAUGCAGUAUCUUCCUAUAUCUACUGUCACCCUCAUUGCUGCAUCUCAGCUGGCUUUUAAUGCAUUCUUUUCCUACUUCCUUAAUUCCCAAAGGUUCACUCCUUUCAUCAUCAAUUCUCUAGUCCUUCUCACCAUUUCCUCAGUGCUCCUUGUAUUCAAUAAUAACUCUUCAAGGCUUGCUGGAGUUUCUCAAGUACAUUGUGCCGCUGGAUUCAUAUGCACCAUUUUGGGAACAGCAGGGUCUGGACUGUUAGUUGCCUUACAGCAGUUUGCGCUUCGAAAGCUUGUGGUAAGGCGGUCAUUUAAGGUUGUCUUGGAUUUGGUGAUGUGCCAAUCACUCGUUGCAUCAAGUGCUAUACUAGUGGGCUUCUUUGCUAGCGGAGAUUGGAAAGGGUUUAGCGGAGAAAUGGAUGAAUAUGGGCUUGGGAAAUUUUCCUAUCUCAUGGUAUUGAUUUGGACUGCUAUAUGUUGGGCUGUUUUCUACAUUGGUGCAGUAGGAUUAGUGUUGGAGGUGUCUGCCCUCUUCUGCACUGCCAUUAGUGCACUUGGUUUGCCUAUAGUUCCAAUAAUUGCAGUCUUUGUCUUCAAUGACAAAAUGGAUGGUAUAAAGGUGAUAUCUAUGGUUUUGGCUAUUUGGGGCUUCAUUUCCUAUGUCUAUCAGCAAUAUCUCGAUGACUACAUGCCGAAGACCGAAAACACCGGUGAAAUUUCUGAACUCUUCUAGCAUAGGGUUAUCCGAACAUUCAGCACUGCAGGGUGCAGCUGCCUAUCAUUGAGUCAAAGCCUGAGACUAGCUUUUACUCAACUUUCUAUUAUUAUGUUCUACCAUAUGCUUACUGCAAUACAUAUGCUUAAUGUUUCCUUAUACUACAAAAUGAUCUUGAUCGGGCUUGGAAGUAUGACCGGUUCAUAUUCAGUAAGUACGGUGGUUUUGAAUGUAUCAUCUUCAUCUUUGUGGUAGAAAAUCCAACAGAUAAGUUGAAUUUGUGACUCUACCAUUACAUCUAGUAGUAAAUGUAUUGAACGUACUUUUGCCUUUGACGUUUGAAGUUUGAGCUAGACAACAGCAAGUGACUCUACCAUUAAUGAAUAGAACAAUGUGCCUUCUUUUUGUUGUUGUAAAAAGUUGAACAAUACAAAUAAAUGAUGAGGACAUGAUCAAUUGGUCGAGUCAUGUUGAAACAA